UCAAACAGGAGUAAAGAAGACCUGACAUUUUUCGCCUCCUCUUCGUUUUUCUUUCCUUCUUCGUUUUUUAUCCUUCAGAAAACGGAGGAAGGAAGAAAAAAAGCUCAAGAACAAGAACAAUUUUGUCAUGGUGUGUUUUAGGGCGACGAAAUCUACGACGCCACUUAAAUUAUUUCAUUCUUUUUGUGCUUCGGAUCCCUCACAUUUCACUCAGCGGUUGUUGACAGAUAUAGGUUUUAAAGUCAGGGAGUUCUGUAGAGUUUUGCUAUUUAUCAAUUUGAAGCAACCAUGAGUUUCGUUUUCCGAGGGACAAGAGGAGAUAUAGAAAGUGGUUUUCCGGGAUUUAUUCCUGAACGUCGUCAAGUGCGCGUUCAUGCAGGUCGGCCGGUGAAUACCAAUUCAAUGGCUUUUCUUGUAACAGUUCUUUUGUUGUUCAUGAUGUUAAAUUCGCAUCAGAUGUCACCUAACUUUCUGCUUUGGCUAGUUCUUGGGGUCUUUUUGAUGGCCACAAGCCUUAGAAUGUAUGCAACUUGCCAGCAACUUCAGGCUCAGGCGCAAGCUCAUGCUGCGGCCGCCAGUGGCCUGUUGGGUCAUACUGAGUUGCGCUUGCAUAUGCCACCAUCCAUAGCUUUUGCAACUAGAGGACGGUUACAGGGACUCAGACUUCAACUUGCACUUCUUGACAGGGAAUUCGAUGACUUAGACUAUGAAACUCUUAGAGCUCUUGAUUCCGAUAAUGGUUCCUCUGCGCAAUCGCUGAGUGAGGAAGAGAUAAAUGCCCUUCCUGUUCACAAGUACAAGGCUGCUGGACCGCAAAGUGAAAGUUCAACAGUACAACAGGCCUCAUCUUCGGCCAUACCUGAGCAAAAAAAGCCGGAUGCUACUAAGCCAGAUGAAGUUUUGAAGAGCACGGAGGAUGGGCUGACAUGCAGUGUUUGCUUGGAGCAAGUCGAUGUGGGAGAAAUUGUCCGUAGCUUGCCAUGCUUGCAUCAGUUCCAUGCUAACUGCAUUGACCCAUGGCUUCGGCAACAAGGGACCUGCCCUGUGUGUAAGUUCAGAGCAGCGACUAGAUGGCAGGAAAAUGGGGAGACUGGAAAUGAUGUUUCCUAUAUGGUUUGAAGAAUAUCUUCGUCAAUACUGUCACAGUAACCAAAUAUUUAUAGUAGUUACUGUAAAGAUACCAAGAUAAAUAGUGCUGUCUUCCACGUGAAUAUAUAUAGUACUCCAUCAUGUAAGUUGUAUUAUGUAAGUAAUUAAAGGUUGUUGUGCUUGUCUAAGGUGUAUUUAGAGGUAGAAGAUGGAAACUGAUAUCGGUUCCAUCAUGCACCCUAACAUGUUGACCAACAAAGUACCCAAAGUAGUAUGCCUGUUCUUGUUAUCUUUUU